GUUCUUAAAAAAAGAAAUAAUAAUUAUAAUAAAUAUUCCAGAAAAUAAUUAUUUCAAAAGGAUACCGGAAAAAAACGCACCGCGCUCUUCUUUAUUUCUUCUUUUGCUUCUUCAACUCGAACAUCUUGAUCAUCAUCUGCUUCUUCAUCCUCACCUGAGCGCCGAGCGCGUGCGCGCACGUCUAUCCAACUCCACGAAAAGUUGUUCCGACCAAAACAGAGAAGAAGAAUUCAAGAAGAAAAGGAGAGGGUGGACAAAAAGACAAAAGGGACACGGAGAAUCUGAGGACGCCGGGAAUGCCACUGUAGCUGCCUCUGUAGCUGCCAGUGUAGAUGCCAGUGUAGAUGCCAGGCAGGGCGAUGUCCCGUCGCAAGCAGGGAAACCCUCAGCAUCUAUCACAGAGGGAGAUUAUAAACACUGAGUCUGAGCAUGUGGAAGCAGACCUGUCGCUGGCCGAGCUGGCCGCCCACCACACCCCGAUGCUGCUGGACCCCAACAUGGUCGCCCCUCUGCCUCCGGGCCUCGGAGACCACGACCUCCUGACUUGUGGCCAGUGCCAGGAGACCUUCCCGUUGGGCCACAUCCUGCUCUUUAUUGAACACAAGAAGAAGCAGUGUCAUGGCCUGGCCGGCACUCACGGCUGCUAUGACAAGAUGGCGGACCGCAGCAGCCCCUCGCCUCCACGCUCCGAGCUGAGGAAGGUGGAGGAACCGGUCGAAAUCGGAAUCCAGGUGACACCCGAAGACGAGGACGAGAGGCUGCUGACGCCUCCGAAAGGAAUUUGCCCGAAGCAAGAGAGCGGCCUGGCAGGUAGAGAUGAACCUUCGAGCUACAUUUGUACCACAUGCAAGCAACCCUUCCCAAGCGCCUGGUUCCUUCUGCAGCACACCCAGAACACCCACGGGAUCCGCAUCUACCUGGAACCCAAUGGCUCAAACACUUCGCUCACUCCACGGAUCACUCUUCCACCUCCUAUCGGUGCUGAGUCCAUACCCCAGUCUCCUCUCACCAAUUUCUUAGGGGACAACAACCCCUUUCAUCUGCUCCGGAUGACCGGGCCGCUGCUCCGAGAGCCCACACCGGGCUUCGUCGAAAAUCGUCUCCCAAACACCCCCCCCUUUGUUAGCCCCCCUCCACGCCACCACCUAGAUCCCCAUCGCCUGGAACGCCUUAGCGCCGAGGAAAUGGGUUUAAUUUCCCAGCAUCCCAGUGCCUUCGAGAGAGUGAUGCGCUUGACACCCAUGGCCAUGGAGACCCAGUCCAUGGAUUUCUCGCGUCGUCUGCGAGAGCUAGCGGGCAACAACAACUCCACCCCUCCGCUCUCACCCAGUCGUGCCAACCCUAUGCACCGCCUCCUCAAUCCCAACCCCUUUCAGCCGAACCGCAAGUCGCCCUUUCUGAACACCCCUCCACUGCCACCAAUGCCCCCAAACAGCAGCACGCCACCACAGACGCAGGACAAGAGCAAAUCUUGUGAAUUCUGUGGAAAGACCUUCAAGUUCCAGAGCAACCUGAUAGUGCACCGUCGAAGCCACACAGGAGAGAAGCCUUAUAAGUGCCAGCUGUGUGAUCAUGCCUGUUCUCAGGCCAGCAAGCUAAAGCGCCACAUGAAAACCCACAUGCACAAAGCAGGCUCGGUGACGGGUCGCUCGGAUGAUGGUCUCUCUACCACAAGUUCACCUGAGCCAGGCACUAGUGAUGUCACAGGGGAUCCGAUGAAGAACAGGGAUGGUGACUUCCAAGGUGAGGGACUAGGGCCAGACAAUGAAGAAGAGGAAGAGGAUGAAGAGGAAGAGGAGCUGGAGAAUGAGAGUAGGCCUGAAUCAAACUUCAGUAUGGACUCAGAGUUCUGCCGUAACAGGGAGAACGGCUCUAAACCCCCAAACGAUGAAAAGAGCCUCUCCUUGGGUAAAAUGGUAGACAAUGUGGGGCUGAACUCAAUUCAGCAGUACAAUAACUUGAUUGUUGACAAUCGCAAAAGGCUUCCCUUCUCAAAGAGGGGAUCUGAUGGACAGAGAGACACGGGAGAUGAGGACUCUGUGGUGGAGGAAAUGGACCAUGUGGAGCGGGCCACCGUGAACGGCAGGAACUGUGGCUCAGGCGAUUCUUUCUCAGGCCUCUUCCCUCGCAAGCCCACCCCUAUCACCAGUCCCAGUCUCUCCAACUCCUCCAAAAGGAUCAAAAUAGAGAAAGACUUGGACAUGCCCCCAGCAUCUCUAAUCCCCUCAGAGAACGUCUACUCCCAAUGGCUGGUGGGGUAUGCAGCAUCACGGCACUUCAUCAAAGACCCCUUCCUCGGCUUCACUGAUUCCAGACAAUCGCCAUUCGCCACCUCCUCCGAGCACUCGUCAGAAAACGGCAGCCUGCGGUUCUCCACCCCUCCUGGGGACCUGCUGGAUGGGGGCCUUUCUGGACGCAGUGGCACUGCCAGCGGUGGCAGCACACCUCACCUAUCUGGAGGCCCGGGACCAGGACGUCCUAGCUCGAAAGAGAGCCGGCGCAGCGACACGUGUGAGUUCUGUGGCAAGGUUUUCAAGAACUGCAGCAACUUGACGGUGCAUCGACGCAGCCACACGGGCGAGAGGCCCUACAAGUGCGAGCUGUGCAACUAUGCCUGCGCGCAGAGCAGCAAGCUCACCCGCCACAUGAAGACGCACGGGCAGCUCGGUAAGGAAGUGUACCGCUGUGACAUUUGCCAAAUGCCCUUUAGCGUCUACAGCACGCUAGAGAAACACAUGAAAAAGUGGCAUGGCGAACAUUUGAUGACGAACGAGGUCAAAAUUGAACAAGCUGAGAGAAGCUAAGCCAGAUUUCCCAAUUGCCUCACAAUUUCUUGAAUCUAAAAAAGGGUAGCUGGAUACUCUGUUUGUUUUCAUUUUCAAAUAAUAAUAAUGAUUUGAAUUAGAUUUGCCUAAGAAACUGCCAUCUGAGAAAAAAAAAAGACAGAAGUUAACUGAAAUUGGAGCGGGUCUAUACUGCCUAGUUUGGCUUUUUUUUUUCAGUCUGUCAGUCUAACAAUGGACAAAUUAGAUGAUGUUUAAAUGGAGCCUUUAACUGUGCAAUAAUUUCUGUAUUUAUUGGAUUUCGUAAUGUUUUGGCAUGUGCAGGUGCGUUUUUCUUUCCUUUUUUUGGUUCAUUUUUCAAAUGCUGUGAUUUCUUUUUCUUGUUGUUUUUUUAAACCCAGACAAAACAAAAAAACCUGAGAUUUAAUUUCUUUUUGUAUCCACAACAGAGUACAGUUUGAGAGAUUUUUAGGCCGCUGCUCAUGAAAUUGUAUAUUUAAGCUACAUGUAAUUUCUUGAAGAGAAGCCGGGUUCGAUCUUAAAUUUUUUUUUUUAAGAAACUGAGAAAGCUAUCUUUUUUUAUUUUUGUUUGUCUGACUAGUCAUAUUAGGACAUAAGCGAACAACAAUCCUUAGACUUUGUAGCGUGAUCGGAUUUCAGACGUGUCAAUCUAAUUGGAAAUGUAGCACUGAAUGUCGGAUGUGACAGUAAAUUUGGACGGUUGUGGAACUCGGGUUCUAUGUAAACUAGUUCCGGUCCUAAGUACCGACCCAAACAAGUUCUUGCUCAGAUGCUUAAAAAGCGUACGACCUUUAUUAACCCCAGCAGGUCUGAACUCUUCUCUUUUGUGACACUGACUCCUUGGUCGCUCGUUUUCUCCGAGUCGUUUGUGCCGGCACUUCCUGAGCUAGAGCAAACUCCGACUAUCAACACGACUACCUAACUAGCUAUGAUUAGCGCCACGUAUCUUUGUGGCUAAUUCUAACCACACUGACAUUCCACAGGCAGCCAUACAGUCUUAUAUGAGUCGAUAUCGAAAAAUAUGCAGGAAAAAAAUACUAUUUAUUACCUUAGCUAGCACCUCUGAAUCAUUCCCAUGAUUUGAUGUACGUUGUUGAAUGUUCGGGGGCAAGAUGUUUAACUGAUUUUGCAGGAUUAGCAGAAAAUGCUUCAGUCAUACACUCAAUCAUACGUCAAAAAGUGCAUUGUUUAUGUAUAUACCAACAAUCUUUGAGAAUUCCAUUUAUAGUGUACUGUAAAGGUGAAUACAUACACAAGUCGUAUGCACAGAAAAAAAUUGUUUUAAAAACUUGUUUAAGUGAAAACAGUAAGACUUUCUUUUUUCUUUCUCUCUUCUCAUUCAGGACUUCCUGUGAUGUGUAGUUGAAGUAGCAACACGCAUAAAGAAUGCGCAGCUGAAAAUGUUUUUUUUUUUUUUUUUGUAACGCCAUUCCCCGCCAUUCCUUUUCUUUGCUCCCCUCUCCUCGAUUCGUAUUUUUUUACCACACAAGGGCCAACGAUUUAUAAAACCGAGGAGAUUUCAUAUAUAUAAAAAGACAGAAGAAGAAAAAAGAAGAGAGAAAAUCAGCCGCAUCUUUUUGCAGUUGGUCCCCUAGCCCCGCUCCCAUGUCCCACCUUCCCCCCCGCACUUUAUGAUUUGUUCUGUGCAUUCAUGACGUCACGGAGAAAACGGCUUCUGAGCAAGAAAUUACGCGAAAAGGAUUUUUUUUAUUUCAUUUUAUUUAUUCCAAUUUUUUUUUUUUUUUUUUUUUUUUGCGAAAGGGAUCAUCUGAGAUUUGAGUGCCCGUGUUGCAAGGCUUGGCUUUCGCAAUGCCGGCACUAUAAAAGUGAAACAAAUUAAUUUAUUGGGACGGAUCUUUUUUUUUUGUACUGCCGUAUCAAUUUGACAUGAGUGUGCCUUGAAUACUGAAUACUGAUCUUCCUAUUUAUUGUCUCACAAAAGACAAAAUGCAACGUGGGUUGAUAUUAUUUUUUUUUUUGGUGCAAAAAAAAAAAAGCCCGUAGAUGUAAUCUGCUUUUAAAAAAAUAAUAAUAAACGAAUCAGCGAUCAUGAAUCAUUCUUGAAUAAAGAUUCUUGAUAAAGAAUUAACAGCACAAUAGUGAUGUGUCUGUGUUUGUAGAUAUGUAUGUACAUAUAGCACAAACACUCACACACACAGACACAGACAUUCUAGACGUAUAUAUGUAUAUUUCUUCACAUCAGGAUACGACGGAAUCCCUUGGUUAAAAACUGUACAUUGUUUUCCUGAUUAUAAAUUUUUUUUUUUUACAUUUUUAUUUUGUUUUGAAUUUUUUAUUUUUUAUUUUUUGCUACAAAUGACAAGGAAGAGACUGGAUGAACAUCAGGAACUACAGAAACUAAAAAAAAAAGACUUUAGUGCACUCUGUCUUAAAAUACGUUUACAGUAUUGAAACAAGUACAAGGAUUAAAUGAUAUUUCUGUGUAUAUGUGUUUUAAAAGUAUUUUUGUUUGUUUCUUUUUUUUAUUUGAUUUUCGCUUAUAAAGUUUCUCUGAAUGCCACAGUGGCUAUGUGUAUAUUGUUUUUUUUUUGUUCGUUUUUUUUGGUGACGGGGUUUUAGUAUAUAUAUAAAUAUAUAAAUAUAAAUAUAUAUAUUACUUUUUCUUGUUUACUGUAAAAGUAUACCAGUAUUUGUAAUAUUGCAGAAUGCCUGGGCAUUUUACAAAAAAAAAAGAAAAAAAAAAGUUUUUUAAUGAUUUUUUUUCUUUGUUUGUUUGUUUCGUUUUGCAGUCCUAUUUAAAUGGUGGGUCUCGGUUAAUUCUUUUGUUUGUUUGUUUGAUUUUUUUUUUACGUUUUUGUCACUGUAAGUGUACAAGUCUUUCGUAGCUUUCUGCAUUGGGUGUGAAAAUACAAAGUCAAAUUAAUGAAAGAAGAGAACUUCAAAAAGGGGCCUGUGAUGAUGAUGAUGAUGAUGAUGAUGAUGAUGAUGAUAAUGGAGAUGAUGAUGAUGUCAGGAUGAACCCCUUUGCCGCUUCAAACUAUAAUAAUUUCCAGGAACAAAAAUCCCUGUCAUCUGUAUGUUUUUAUUUAAACUGCAAUGGAUUCUUUCGAAGAAAAAUAUACGUCUUUGUAACGAAUAAUGUUUGGACCUUGUGAUGCGACAUGGCCCCGCCCUUUUGAGCCCCGCCCCUUUAUGCUCCCCAAUACCACCUAACCCCAAGAUGCCACAGUAGAUCAUUUAUGAAUUUUUACGGCAGAAUAAAUAACGAAAAGCAUUUCCGAACGUGAAACUGUUAAGAAGGGAUUGAAACAAGGUUGUCCCACAGCCUUUUCACUGUAGCUGCAUAUAUGACAGUAAAUAUUUCUUGCUCACUAUUAUAUUGGUUGUAAAUAUUUCUUUUUUCUUUUCUUUUUUUUUAUUGCUUACCCAGACUUUUUUGCUUUUAAAUUUUUUUCUUUGUAUGUGUUGGGAGUGGCCCCGGGAGCAGCCUGUCUUUUACCUGUUCGCCCCCCCUCCUCCACCUCCGGCCCUGUGUGUUCGAUUCUGCGUGUAAAAAAAAAAAAAACACAAAAAAAAGAGAACAAAAAAAAUGCGGUUCUGUAUGGAGCCUGCAAUGUGCAGCUCUCUUAGCAUGAGAAGAAUAGAGCACAAAUACAAACUGUUUUACUUGUUGAACUCA